GUAGCCAACUGGAGAAAGAUGGCAGCGCUCAUGUAGUCACAGUACUCAGUAGUGCAUGGUGUGUGAUAUACGAUAUACUCACACAAAUUGGUGUAAUUUUGUUGUUCAUUUAUAAAAUCCAAAAUUAGCAUUGACUGUAUAGUUAAUCAUGGCAACCGUUAAAGUAAUAGGCCGGCGAACUACAUUCCGAGGGAAAACUCUGUUCGAAAUAUUGUGCAAUCUAAAAAACUUUGGCAAAGGUCGUGUCGUCGUCAGAAGUUUGUUCGAGGACAGAUUUCCUACGGAACCCAGUUACUAUGUUAUAACAAGAGCAGCGCCAGAGAUGGACGAGAACUUUGACUUUGGCGAAGCUUGGGGCAGGAAAGUUUUUCGUGGCAACGAGCUUGGUGAAUGGAAGAUCAUGGCCGGACACAAGGCUGACUGGCGACUCAUCCCACGCGACGAUGAACACAAGUACCUGAACUGGAAGCCUGCACAGCCAUUUGUACAUUCUGUCAUUCCCCGCGAGCAACCAUUUCCCCCUCUCCUGCGCGAGAUCAUUCGGCAAGAGAUGAAGGCAGCUGGUAAGAGCACGGACAAAGAGGCGCUGCUGCCGAUAAGCAUACACGAAACUGUGUGGAACAGAGCAAAACUACGCAGGGAUGCUACCCCUGCUGAGACCAACACCAGCUCACUUCCAACAUCAGACAGUAGCAGUAAUACUGAUACACGAGUGUAGAUAGGAAAAUAUAGCAACUCACAGCCACUUGUGCCAACAUACCGAAGUCAACUCCAUGUAGUUGUGAUGUGUCGCAGGAAAUGCCAAUGAUUUUGACUAAAAUCCGAAGUGAUGAAAAACAAAUGGUUUUUAUGAUUUCAGCUAAAAUCCAUGUGACUCACUCAGAUAACUGUUGGUACCUUGUGACUGACUGAAAUGUACAGCAGUGUCAAAUAUAUAGCUAAAAGAAAUUACCGUUAACACUUAAAUCCAUGUUUAUUGUUUGCUGUUAAUAUAUAGUAUACAGUACUUGGAAGCACUGUUAGUGUUAUCGAUGUUUAUUGUAAUACACAAUCAACAUGAGAAAUUCCUAGUUACAAUAAAUUGUUAAUAUAUGUCA